UUCUUCUCCUUUCGUUUUCGGCCAGAGUUCAUAUUCUGAAUCUCGCAGUACCAGCAGGACAAAGGAAACAGUGAAGCUCAAGAUUUCGUCUGGAUUUCUCAAAGGCAACAACAUGAAUGACACCUACAACAACUCUUACUUUGAAAACGAUACGUACGUUGAUGAUUUCUAUGACACUGAUUUGUCUGAAAAAACAAAGAAAUCAAUUCGAACAGUAGCGCUUGUGUUGUACUGCCUGACCUUUGUCCUUGGAGUUCCUGGAAAUGCCUUUGUCAUGUGGAUUGCUGGUGUGAAGAUGAAGAAGACCAUUAACACCAUCUGGUUUCUGAACCUGGCCAUCGCUGACCUCCUGUGCUGCCUGUCCAUACCGUUUACUGUGGCUGAAAUCAUUCUAGACCAUCACUGGCCAUAUGGAGAAGCAAUGUGCAAAAUCCUACCCACAAUCAUUGUUGUCAACAUGUUCACCAGCAUCUUCACCUUGAACUUCAUCAGCUUGGAUCGCUUCAUCCAGGUGGUUAAACCUGUUUGGGCUCAAAAUAAUCGUACGCUUAGGUUAGCAUGGGUAUGCUGUGCCAUGAUAUGGAUACUGGCCGUAAUCCUCAGCCUGCCCACGAUGAUCCUACGAGAAAUGGUCACCAUUGAUGAAUACAACAUAACCAUAUGCAUGUUCAGUCACACAAAUGCUACCGAAGGAGUAGUCAGUGACUCUUACAAGGCUCUAACCAUGACUCGGUUUGUGUUAGGCUUCCUCAUACCUCUUCUGUGCAUUGUGUUUUGCUACACUGGUAUUGCCUGGAAGGUUAUGAGCAGCCACUUUCGUGCAGGAAGAGCAUUCCGGAUCAUGCUAGCUGUUGUGGUGGCAUUUUUUCUCUCCUGGUUUCCCUAUCAUGUGGUGGGUCUGGUAGACAUUUAUGGUGGGGAAUGGUAUGCCAUACUGGUUCGUACAAUAGACCCUUUGGUCAUCUCUUUGGCGUAUGUCAACAGCUGCAUGAACCCAAUACUGUAUGUCUUUAUGGGGCAGGACUUUAAAGAGAAAGUUAAACUGUCAUUGAGACGGGCCUUUGAGAAGGCUUUUAGCGAAGAUACCACACACUUUUCGGUGAGCUCCAAAGGACAGCAGUCGCACACCAACUCCUCAGUUGCCCAGCUGUGACAGUGUGAUGAAGUUGGAACAUUCUUCCAGAAGAGUCUACAUUCUGAGUGAAAUUAAAAUACUCGUAACCAUUUGGACUUUGUUAGCUUGUGUAGUGUGUAUUGUCUAUAGUAAUAAUUAGACCUAAAGAUAUAUAUAUA